AUGGAUAUGCGAAUGGAUGUCCGGGAUCUCAAACAGAAAUACCCCGAUCUGGCAGACAAAUUCGUAUCGCUUCGAGACAAGCUAGAUUCCCCAGCUGACAAGCUAUCCUCUUUGAGUCUUAAGGAGGAUGCGACUUCAUGGGAAACCGAAGCAAAACAACGUCGUGAGACAGACCAGAGAUUCAACGAGCUUAUCACGGCGAUUCGAACGAAACCUGGUUUUCACAACUUCCUUCUUGUUCCAACAAGGGAGGAGUUAAUGGCUGCUGCAAAUUUAGGGCCUAUUAUUGUCGUCAAUUUAAGCCCUUAUCGAUGCGACGCGUUCCUCAUCGAGCGCCACCGAAUUCGAGUGCUGAGAUUACAGAAUCUGACAUUGGAACAAGUCCAGAAAUGGGUAACAGAUCUCCGACUGCCUUGUUCGGUGGGCAUGGUGUCAAUGCUAGAGGGGAUUUGGGAGACGAUCUGCUACCCGUGCCUUGAUGCCUUGGGAUUUCGUCCUAAUACAUCUAUUGAUCAUUGUCCUCAUGUAUGGUGGAUUCCUACCGGGCUCUCAGCCAGUUGCCGCUUCAUGCAGCAGGAUGCUACCAACGAGGGUCUACUAAUACGAAUUCUCCCCUUUGCCGAGAAGGAAGUGAGUGCGUUGAAAGACCUUUGUACGUCGCUUCAAUUAAAGCCAGUUACUCCAGCGCCAUAUAAGGACGACGUAUUGAGGUCUCUGAGCGAAUGUAAGAUAUUUCAUUUCGCGGGUCAUGGAAAAUACAAUCCAAUGGACCCUUCACAGAGCGCCCUACUCCUCGAGGAUUGGCAGGCUAACCCACUUACCGUGGGCGACCUGCGCGAUCACAGGCUUCAAGACAACCCGCCGUUCCUUGGAUAUCUAUCAGCCUGUUCGACCGGGUCGAACAUGACGGAAGAUCUCGCCGACGAGUCAAUCCAUCUCAUUGGCGCCCUCCAAUUCGCGGGCUUCCGGCACGUGGUGGGGACCCUCUGGGAAGUGUCGGACGCACACUGCUUCCAUGUAGCCAGAAUCCUGUACGAGACACUGCGGGAUGAGAACAUGACGGACGCGUCAGUCAGUCGAGGACUUCACCGAGCCAUCAAAGAAUUGCGCGAUAAGGAAAUCAAGAAGGGCGGACAAGGGAGAUUCUGCACCUUGGGGAGCUCCGAGGCUAACGCGCAAGGAAUGGCAGGAUUUUAUUGGGUUCCCUAUCUUCAUUUUGGCGGAUAG